UCAUCGUAGAAACUAACUUCAAUACAAACACAAAUAUACGGAACAAAGAUAUAAGACUCAAUUAAACUUUACAAUCGCCAUACUCAUAAAGAAUGUCGGACACUAGGUCUCUCUUCAAGAAAGAUGCCAAUUUUGAUAUAGGUCCCCCUUCGCACGAUGAUCUCGCGACUCGAACCUAUGGAUUCUUGAAGGCCACUCGGACUGACACCCCGAUUCCCAGGCCCAUUGAUCCCCUCAAUCACCAAACUCUGGAGCAGAGGCUGCACACUCUCCAUGACCUCCAUCACAUGGGCUCCGAAGACGAGCUGCUCAUUUCGGCCGAAUCGGCUUCCUCCGAGGAACCCGUUCGCAAGGCAUCGACCGCCUUCGAGAAGAAGCGAAAACUCUUCGACGAGGCCGAGUUCACCAUUGCUCGUGGUGUCAAGAUGAGCGAAAGCUUUUGCCCAAGCGAUUCCGGGCUGCAAUUGCCGAUAAUACCAAAGGAUCGCAGUGUGCUGACCUCCUACGAGGAGGUGGAGUCCUACUGCCGCCAGAUGAAUUUUCAACUGAGUAAAUGAGUCGCUGGAGGGACUUGCCGUAACAAUCUAUAUAUGUUUGAAUAUGCUCCUUAAUAAAGUCUUUCAUACUCA